AUAUCAAGUGAUUGGUACAAGUUCUCCGAGAGAGAGAGAGAGAGAGAGGAUGGGGACAUUUCUAGGGUAUGCGUUCACCUUGACCCUGCUCUUUUGCAUAGCUCAAGGCAAAGUCCUCUACUAUGAUUUCGUGGUGAAGGAGACACCCAUUGACAUGUUGUGUGAGACGAAUCGGACUGUAUUGACCGUGAAUGGUUUGUUUCCGGGGCCGGAGAUCCGUGCUCACAAGGGUGAUACCAUCUACGUCAAUGUUACCAACAUAGGACCUUACGGAGUCACUAUUCAUUGGCAUGGAGUGAGACAAAUAAGGUAUCCUUGGUCUGAUGGCCCGGAGAACAUCACACAAUGCCCAAUCCCUACAAACUCAAGCUUCCUUCAGAAAGUCAUUCUCACCGAAGAAGAAGGCACGCUAUGGUGGCAUGCUCAUAGUGAUUGGACACGUGCAACUGUACAUGGCCCUAUAAUCAUUUUGCCCGUUGGCGACACCAACUACCCUUACAAGUUUGAUGAACAACACACAAUUGUGAUUGCUGAAUGGUAUGCGAGAGAUACGAAGGCCAUAAUUGAUGAGGCUCUUGCUACUGGAGGCGAUCCAGACUUGUCUGUGGCCUAUACCAUCAAUGGUCAACCUGGAGACACUUAUCCAUGCUCUAAUGGUUUGAUGUACAAUAUAACAGUCAUGCAAGGAAAAACGUAUCUCUUUCGAAUAAUCCACUCUGGGAUGAACGAAGAGAUGUUCUUUGGCAUAGCCAAGCACAAUCUCACCGUAGUCGGAAUGGAUGGAGCUUAUUUGAAGCCACUUAAGACUAAUUACCUCAUGAUAACUCCUGGUCAAACAAUGGACGUUUUGGUCACUGCGAACCAAAGACCCGGUCGCUACUACAUGCUAUUUAGUCCGUUUGUGGACACCAAUGCCCCGUCCAAUGAAAAUGUCACGAGGGGGAUAUUCCAAUACAGCGGUAGUUAUAACCACUCAGAGACUCCUGCGUUACCUGAGCUUCCAGGUUUUACCAACAAGAGCGACGCUGGAAAUUUCACUAUCCAGUUGAGGAGUUUGAACAGCAAAGAACAUCUGUCCACGGUUCCGACCAAAAUCACUAGGAACAUUACGAUCACAGUGUCCGUGAAUCAACAGCCAUGUCCUACUAAUAAAACAUGUCUUGGUCCACAGGGCUCUAUGCAUUCAGCAAGCUUGAACAACAUAAGUUUUUCGACUCCGUCGAUUAGCAUUCUGCAAGCAUACUACAACAAUAUAAAUGGAGUGUACAACAAAACUUUUCCGGAUAAACCACCUUUUGUGUUCGACUACACCGGAAACGUUUCGGCCCUAGGGGAAGCUGCCUUUGUGAGCACCAAAGUGUUGAUGAUUAAGUAUAACGAGGAGGUCGAAAUAAGAUUCCAAGGGACCAACUUCGGAGCAGCGGAGAAUCACCCCAUGCAUUUGCACGGCUAUAGCUUUUAUGUCGUUGGAAUGGGCGAUGGAAAUUUCAGCGACUCCUAUGUGUCGCAGUAUAAUACAGUGGAUCCGCCCUAUAUUAACACUGUUGGACUCCCCAAAAACGGGUGGACAGCGAUCAGAUUCAAAGCCAAUAAUCCAGGAGUGUGGUUCAUGCACUGUCACUUAGAACGCCAUGCAAGCUGGGGAAUGGACACCGUCCUCAUCGUCGGAGAGGGGCCAAACAAGGAUCAGAAGAUGCUUCCGCCUCCCCAACACAUGCCUCCUUGUUCUGGGCUUUAAUCAUGACGCCGUUUGCUUUGAGCUCAUAUGUAUACUAGUAUUGGAGAUUCGCAAUUUUGGAUCAUUCUAAUAAGUUUCCAUUGUAAUCUUCAUUCAGAAUAUUGUAAUUUUCUUUUGAUAAGUGAUUUGAAAUGUAUUUGCACGAUGAGUCGAGGAACUCGAUGCAUCGUACUUACAAAGAUAUGCUUUAAAUGAGAUUUUUAUUCUGGUGUUAAA